AUGGAGUUGGUGCUGCUGGCAUCACUUGAAGUACUUGACAUUUCACAACCAAUCGAUAGGAAAUUCGUGUUCUUCGAAAAUACUGGGCAGAUUUCUGAAAACAAAGAAGCGGCUGAUAGAGAUGUAAGAAAAAUGCGGUCAAGUUGUGUCAAUGGGAGAAAUGCGGUUGUGAAGCUGGAUGCAAAUGUUGCGAAGGAGGUGCAUGCCAAAAAGAUUGUCAGUGUUGCUCGAAAGGUUGCAAAUGUGGGCCGAACUGUAAAUGUGAAGGCGACAAAUGUUGCGGUGAUGAGAAAUGUUGUGGAGGUGAAAAGAAAUGCUGUGCUGAGGGUAAGAAAUGCUGUGAAGAGAAAACAUGCUGCAAGUAGAUGCAAUCGACUCAGAUUGGACUUGUGGCGCUACGGCACAAUUGGCAGCACCGUUAUCAAUUCCAUUUCGCUUCUACUUUUUUUUUUCGCUUAA